AUGAAGAUUUGCGUGUUUCAAUCAAGCUUCGAAGAACUGCAAGCCUCAGUCGGCGAAUCACAAAAGCUAUGGAUGAACCCUGGCCAACACAUCACCCAGCACGUAAUAUCCCACAAAACAAUCCACAAGACAACAGCCAAAGCUCAAAUUGAUGAGGCUGUCGCCGAAGGCCAUGAUUUUUAUUUGAAUUUCAUGUGGGGAACACACGACGAUUCACUGGCUGGUAUCGACGCGAUUCGAUACUUCGAGUCGCUGAACCUGCCCAGCGCAGGUAUUCAAAGCUCUGAGCGCGAGCAGUCUAAAUGGGAUUUUUUUGCAGAGGCGAAGCGCGUAGGAAGUCCCCUCAUUCCAGGAACCUCAAACUUCCCGUUAUUCGUUAAGCCGUCUUCAAGCUAUGGCAGUAUGUUCAUUGAUGAACAUUCUUUGUGUCGGGACGAAGAUGAGUUGGAGAAAUGUAUCCAAAGAUUGAACAAUUUGAUGCGGCCUGUUCGAAUUUUGCGUGCGAACGCCAUUGGAUACACAGAUCCAGAGCAAUAUGCGAAUGCGCGGGAGGCGGAAGGCAGGGAGAGCUCGGAUCUGGUCGUGCAGGAAUUCAUUGAUGGAGAGGAAUUCUCCUGUGUGGUGAUUGCCAUGGGCGAGAGUCCGUACCCUCUCAUUCCGCAGCGUGCGAAAUACAAGAAAACCUCCGGAGAUGAGCGGUUCCUGACACUGGAUUUGAAGUUCGAUGAAGAGUCGGGCUAUGAGCUGCUCAAUGAGGCUGAUGAUCCAGAGCUAUGGACACACUUGCAGGCUACCGCUGUCGAGACUUUCACGACGAAUAAGAUGUAUACGAACUACAUGGGCUGCGAUGUUGACAUGCGCAUUGGCCGUGAUGGGAGGGCUUAUGUUAUCGAGGUUGACCCGCUUCCUGUGUUCUUUUAUCCCAUUGGAUCCCAGCUUGAGGAUACAGAUGUGCAGCGAGGAUUCCCUGGGAGUUAUAGAGCUGUUGUCAACACUUAUAUUACCAACUAUUUCCUCAAGAACCCUGGGUUGCGCGAGGAGCAUUUUGCUGAGGUAGCCAACUUUUACGACUCUUCGGCUCAACACUCCGAUACAUUGGUCGAUACUGCCAGCCACAUUACGACAAGAUCUUAUCAAGGCACCGCAUUAGACCUUGGAUGUGGAGCUGGAACUGUCGGUCAGCAUCUGAAGAUAGAUUCACAAAACCAAAUUACGCACAUGGUGGGAGUGGAUAUUUCCAAGAAGAUUUUGAAUAUCUGCCACCCACACGAUAUCUAUAGCGAAUUGAUUCACGAACGAAUGGAAGUAUACCUUGCACAAAGGGCGGAAAUGGUCGACCACAUAUUUUGUGUCUCGGCGUUACAGUACCUCUCCAUUGAGGAGCUUGACUUUGUGCUCGCUCGGUGUUUCCAACUUGCCAAGCAGUCAAUUACUUUGGUGGUUGAUGCAAUUGAAAGGGUUGCCUCUAGCCCUUCUGGACUGACCAACGAGGUCAAUGCUUUGGCCAAGGAUCAUUCUGAGGUUGUUAGAACUUUUAAGCUUCCACAUGAUUGGUCUGUCUUGCCAAAUUCCUGUCACGAUAGCCAGCAUUUGUAUUUUGGUUUCCAGCGAACUGCGCAUUAG